AUGAAUCGCCAUGAAGGAGUCAGCUGUGAUUCUUGUUUGAAAAAUAACUUCAGGGGACGACGAUACAAAUGUUUGAUUUGCAUCGACUACGAUUUGUGCGCUACUUGCUAUGAAUCCGGCGCCGUUACGAAUCAACAUACAACAGAACAUCCUAUGCAAUGUAUCCUUACAAGAAGUGAUUUUGACCUUUACUAUGCUGGAGAAACACAGGCGCUGGAACAGCCCCAGGCAUAUACAUGCCCAUUUUGCAACCGUAUGGGUUUCACAGACACGGCUCUUAUGGAACAUGUGACUGCAGAACAUGCAGACACAACACUUGCUGUAGUUUGUCCAGUCUGUGCCUCACUGUCAGGUGGAGAACCAAAUUUUGUGACUGAUGACUUUGCUGGCCAUCUAACACUUGAACACCGAACUGGACCCAGAGACCUUAUUUCGUUUCUUGAUGAACCCAGUGGAAUCAGACAUGGUGGAGUCCGUCGUAUGCCGCCUUCAGGACGCGGCGUUAGUCGCGCCCGUCGAUCCAAUAUGCAAUUUAGUACGAGCGGCGGCAUUUCGUCGCUUUCGCCGUCAUCGCGUGACGCAGUGGUGGAUCCCAUAGCAGAACUCUUGUCCCAGCUGUCCGGAGUGCGACGAGGCGCCGGUCAGCCUGGCACGCCCAGCCAGCUGCAACAGCUACAGAUGCAGCUGCAGUUGGAGCGACAACAAGCUACGGCGGCCCGACAACAGCUGGAGCGGCUGCCGCGGCGCGCGGCCGCGUCGUCGAGUGGCGCCGCCGCGCCACCGCCCGCCCCGCCCGCCCGCCGCGCCGCAGCCGCAGCCCGACGCCUGCGACUCCAACUUCCUGCUCGCAGGCUUCCUAGGGCCAUCGAGCUCAGUGAGCAGCGAGGAGGCGGAGUCGCGCGCGGCGCUGCUGCGCGGUCUGAUGCUGGCGUCGUUGGGCCGAGCGCCGCCCGCCCCGCCGCCGCAGCCCGCACCCCCGCAACCCGUGCAGCCCGCGCUGCCCGUGCAGCCCGCCCAGCCCGCGCCCCCCACACAACCCGCCCAGCCCACACAGCCCGCGCACCCCGCGCAACCGCUGCCGCGCACCAAGCCCCAGCCAAGGACUAA